CUUGGCAACAUUAUUUUUACAAACGUCAAAAUGUCGCAAUGACGCAAGGCAGGCUGACAAAAGGGGAAAAAUCCUUGACAGCCGAUCUUUCUUCAAUCUUUCAAAAUGGUGUUUCUCGCGGGUUUCUUUACAAAUUAUACUAAUUACAAUUAAAAUGGACUGAAAAUAACACGAAAGAAAUAAAUGUAACGUUAUAUCAAAAUUGCAAGUGAAUAUUUAGUGUCGGUCAUUGCUACUGUGAAAUUUGUUGUGUGCGACAACCAAAAUCAAUUUUUGUGUGUGAUGUUCGUGAUCUGAUUAUUAUUUGGGGCGUCUUACCGGACAUAAGAUGGUGGCUGGUGGGGCCGUGUAGCGGCAGGAUGUCGACUCAGGGCGGACUCAAGCACGCCGCCACCGAGCCUUCGCAUCUUGACAACAAACGCGAGACGCGAAGGCGCGGUGCGGCGGGCCGCGCGGCUGCGCUGCGCCGGGCUCCGUCGGACUCGGACUGCUCCGGCGAGACCGCGUCCCUGUCAGCUGACAGCGCGGACCGCGUGCGGCCCGCGCCGCCGCCGCCCCGGCAGACCAAGACCCGCAGCCGGCGGCGUGGCAGCGAGUGGGAAGUGCUAGAGGGUCUGAAGGACGGGCAGCGGUUUGAGCGCCGCCCGGAGGUGUUCAACGGAUACCUGCACAAGAAGCGCAAGUGGCCGCUCAAGGGAUGGCACAAGCGGUUCUUCGUAGUAGACGGCGGUAUACUAGUGUAUGCGCGGUCGCCGACCGACGUGGCCCGCGGCCGGCUGCAUGGGUCUGUGGACGUGGGGCUGUCGGUCAUCUCGGCCAAGGCGCGCCGCCGCCGCAUCGACAUCGACGCCGACGAGUUCAUAUACCACCUCCGCGCGAAGACCGCCGACGUCUUCCGCACCUGGCUCAAUGUUCUCAAGGCGCAUCGAUUAUACAGACAACACUUAUUAACGUUCGGUGCGCGCGAAUCGGUGCCCAAAAUCCACGCUCCUCUCGACGACUUGCCUCAAACUGACACUUCUUCACCCCAAGGAUCGACCAGCUCGAGCUCCGAAAUUUCCACCUCAGAGCUCUCAGGCGAAGAAGAUAUUGAUAUGUUCCUCAAAGAACCUGACUCCGAUGUCACUCCGGUCUACUCCCAAAACAUCGAGUGUCCCAACAACUCUGGUAGCCUCUGGAACGCAAAUGAGAGUCUCAUACAAAACUGGCACAGCGACAGCUUGGAACAUAACGAGCUGAUUCCCCUAAGCUUCGAACCUUUGGAAGACUGUUUCGUAUGUCUACAACCCACGAUGCACCAUAGUCUCUGCUCCAUGCAAUGCAUGGCGAAGAGAUACGAAAACGAAUUUCUAACAUUCAAUAAAUCUGCAUAUGAUUCUAUAAAUGUCACUGAAGCAGAAAAACAAGUUGACAGUACAGAUUUAGAGAAAAAUUCGCUUAAAUAUACAGAAACAGUGUCCCCUGCCUUCGACCAUUCCGUCGACUACUACACUUCUUCUAAAGAAAAAAAUAUCACAUCAGUGUACCCAGUUUUUACAGAAAUGAAUGAUUUCUCCAGAAUUAAAGUAGAUGUCAACUCUAACCCGUAUUUCGAGAAAAAUAUCAAACCGAUGACCACUUUGUUUCUCUUCGGUCGGAAGAAAAAAUUACCACGGUCAAACAGUCCGUUUUCGUUAAUGAAAAGAAGCAAAAAGUCAACCAAUCUUGUCAAAUACAGAAAUAUCGCUGACGAACCGCCGCUAAAGAAACCAUUGAGUAAAAGCAUGUUGUUGAACAAGUGUAAGGACAAAAAAGAAUUUCCAGACAGGCGCAAAGUGAACAAGCAAGUGUCUGCUGACACUGAGAUGGAAAACAAGUCGUUGCAAGACACGACAACUGCCUCGGAAUUUGACAAAAUUACCGAAAGGCUGAUCACUUCUAUAUUCCACGCCCGAUCUAACCUCCCGACUACCAGCCAAUUCGACAGCAAAACUUGUAUCAAUCAAAUCGUUCAACAAUUAUACGACAUCAAGUGGUCCAAAGUUGAAGUCAAUCCCGCUAAAAUACUGUUCAGAUGUCUUUUAGAAUACUGGCUAAAGAAUUCUUCAAUGGAAAAUAUAAGGAAUGCAAUCACUUGCGUCAAGUCGACAGAUACGCGUUCUAACCAAAAUUACACAGCAGAUGAAAAAUUGUCUUGUAUUUUAGUACGAAACGUGAAUAAACAGACGCAAUUCAAUGGGAUCAUUAAUAACGCAACAGUAAGAAUAGCAAGAUCGCCAGAUAAACAGGCUAAGCGUCCUAGAAACAUUCCAUACAGUUAUAUGAAAGAGAGGCGCAUUCAAGAACUGGAGAAGUUACUUAAGAACACUGUUUAUACCUGUGAAACUCUGUGCAACACUAAAAGUAAAGAAAAGGACAUAGAGAUUACUAAGAAACUUAUUCAUAACCUCGAUCAUCCGAAAGGUGCUAAUUUAAAUUCCCCUGACGUGAGAGAUAAUUCAAAUUCAUCUACCGAAUUCCCUGAAAUACAAGAUACUUUUAACCAUUUGAUCAGUGAGACGUCGAUACCACCGAGUGUAGCGAAGGAAUUCCUAGGAGCAUAUUUAGAUGUGCUAUUGAGCGACCAUACCAAUAAUAGUACAAAUAACACCUCCUCAAGUGACGACUCGAAACCAUCCCAAGAACUUCCAGUUUGCGAAGUAUUAACUGAAGCUGUACAGAAAAAGGUAUCGAAGGGUAUUCUAACAGCUGACAAGAAAGAGUCAACAAGACCUAGGAACCAAAUAAUAGACGUCGAACAAGAUCCCGGACAAAAGUACCUCAAAGACGUUCUAGAUAAAAUCACCAGAAUGUUCUCCAAAGUUAAAACAAGUCAAGACAAAGAUGUCCAGCCAGAUGACACCAAAGUUGAAGGACCAUACAAAGCUGAUAUACGCAGAACCGAAUAUCCAGUGAAGAAUUUGAUAACAGAAAAUAUUGAAGAAAAUUCAGUUGUGAUAGACCUAACUAAGUUUGAUCUCGAUCACAUUUCCAUGUUUCACGAUCCAGCAGUCGAAGGAGUGAUGUCGAUUAACAUAAAAUUGAAAGAACGGCCGCCAAAUUACCGUGAAUCGAAACAGAAGAAUCUUAAUCUUAAGUUUUGUGAGGAUAAGUCCAAACAUCUAACGUGUCCGGACCGUUUCAACCCCACUCACAGUUCCACGAGGAACUUUUAUAGGAACGAUAUGGAUCCACGGCUUAGUUUCAAAAAUCCGUACAUUGACUUCGAUCCCAAUAUCCAUAGAGAUAAAAUUGAUCUAAAGCCGUAUCUGAGCACCAGUGACGCGACUUCCAAAGCAUACAGAAUACUUUACGAAAGCCAACACUCGAUAGAUUCUAAGAAAUCGUUCGAUUGUCAAGAUGACGUGUCGUGUUAUCUGUUGUCUAGUAUAAAGAAGAACGUCCUCACGUCCCCGUUUACGUCGAAAAAAAAGGUGCGUGUAAGUGAAUGUAACGGAAUAAUCAUCAGUCCUCGAGAACAGACUAGUAGACCCGGCUCCGCGCGGCGCACAGAGCUGUCAGUCAUAGAGAGAGCAGCACCAAGGAUCAUAGAUGAGAAGUUCAUACUCUUACUAUUAGAAAACCUCACUAUGCUCUCGCAGAACAUACCAGGGUUGCAUAAAGACAUCAGCGGCCUGUAUACUAAGCUGAAGAAAAGACAUGAAAGGGAAGUAAAGGUCUCUCCCAAUGCAGGCCUUGGGUUACUGGGAAAGAUCUACAACGAUGACAAUAAGCAAAUUGGUGACAGCGAAACACAAUACGACAUGACCAUGUUCCCUGAAAAGCCAUUGGCAAUAAGAUCUUUAACCGAAAUUGGAUUGAACACCAGUAAGAACUUUAAACCGAUCGAUAAAUGUACAAGCGGCAUUAUUAUAAGAACUUCUAUUUUGAAAGAUAUAGAUGUACAAACCACAGACAAAGUUCCGAAGAAAAGGAAAAGAUCGGUGAAUUUCAUUGACGCCGAAACGUCUACUAAGGAAUUGGAAGUGAGCGGUUCAGAUCAUGACACGCUACCGGACAAAGGCAGUGUGUUGACCGUUGACACGGCUGUUUCGAGCCCGAAUUGGUUCCAGCUGAUGUAUACGAAAGACUGCGGGAUAAGCACAGUUAUAAAGUGUUUGUUGGACGAUAAAGGGAGCACUCACAACUUCCGAAUUUGCAGUGAAGACGACAAACGGCCGCGGCAAAGGCCCAAGAAUCCUGCGAACAUGAGGCAGAGUUUGGACUUCAAGGGAAGUUGUCAUGAUUUCCGAAUUCGACCAAACAAGGAGGAAAAGUCGAAAGGCGAGCGGAAGCAGUGGUCAAAGGCAACUGAAGACAUAAACUUCCAAGAGCCUUCCCAAUCUCAGGCGGAGAAGAGAUACAGUCCGCAUAUGAAGGAGAGAAAGAUAAAGAGAGAUUUCAAUGUGUACCAGUUGUUUGUGAGUCGAAGGUUCCAACAAUGUAACUCUGCGCGUAUGUCGAGCUACGAGCGGGACAGAAGUGAUGACAUGAAGACCAUCUAUCGUUGUCACAGCAACCCUUCUUAUUGUUCCGGGCUGGUUAGCCCGACGUCGCCGCCGCUGCGAGGCCCGCAAGCUGGCUUCGUCUCCGGCACGCCCGGGGGCCGCUUGGCUAGUUGGAUCAUUGAGUCAGGCGGUCCCCUGGAGAAUGCAUCCCGCGAGCUUGGCCAAGCACAACUAUCCGUGCAGCAGUUGCAACGACUGCUGGACGCGCUUGAGUUGCAGCACCAGCACCAUGACACUGACGUAUCCCUGGAGGGUGCAUCCCCCAACGUGAAGAAGGACCGCCGCAAGUUCGGGCUUCGCAAGAAGAAAUCCAGCAGCAAAUGUGCUUCAGUGGAACUCGCGCCGCCGCUGCACGUCGACGCCUCCGCCUCGCACAUGGCGCUAUCCGCCCUGACGGCGCCACCGUCGCCCGGCGGCGGCGCUUCGUCCGUACCUAACUCUGCCGCCUCCCUGCCCAUAGCGUGCGCGGCGGCGCGGCCCCAGUCGCUCCCAGGGGCGGAGGCGCUGUCAGCGGCCGCACCCGCCUCCCUGUCCAGCCUCACCCCCGACCACCAGCUGCGGGAGGACUUCACCGUCCUGGCGAAAGACCUGGUCGGGACCCUGAAGGGCGUUGUGAGCACACUGGUGGUGGAGCGCGGGCGGCUGCGCGCGGCCGUGGAGAGCGCGGAGGGUGCGGAGGGCGCGGGCGGCGCGGCGCCGGGCGGCGUGCUGGCGGCGCUAAGGACCAACCUCAGCUCGGCGCUGCACCAGAACUCCGAGCUUCGCUCACGCCUGUCCCGCAUACACGAUGCGUCCGACCUCGCCGAGAUCUCUUCGGUCAACAACUCUGACCCUGUGCGUCCGUUCCCGCAGUCACUCUCCUACUCUUCCUCCUGCGUGUCAGCCUCCGAGUUCUUCGACGCGGAGGAGCACGACCCUCCACCAGACGACAUGCUGCCCAACGACGAGGUCACCGCCAUACCACACGAUGCCGGAGUGAUCGAGCUAGACGGGGACUCUUCUUCAGAGGCCGGCUCCUUGAGCAGCGAGGAGGGCUCGGCCAGCUCGGACAACUCAGAUGGUGCUCUGGCCCCGGGGUCGCGCGCGUCGCUGCGCCACAACGGCUGCGCGGGCGGCUGGCUGCGGCGCACGCGCCUGCCGUGCCCGCGGCCCACGCCGGGGGGGCCCAGCCUCUGGAACCUGCUCUACAAGAACAUCGGCAAGGACCUCAGCCAGGUCUCCAUGCCCGUCACCAUCAACGAGCCGCUCAACAUGCUGCAGCGUCUCUGCGAAGAGCUGGAGUACUCGGAACUGCUGGAUGCGGCGGCGGAGUGCGCCAGCGCCAUGGAGCGCAUGUCGCUGGUGGCGGCCUUCGCCGUGUCGGCCUACGCCGCGUCCGCGCACCGCGCCGCCUCCAAGCCCUUCAACCCGCUGCUGGCCGAGACCUACGAGUGCGUGCGCACGGACAAAGGGUUCCGCUUCUUGGCUGAACAGGUGUCCCACCACCCGCCGAUAUCGGCGUGUCACGCGGAGUCCCCGCGCUGGUGCUUCUGGCAGGAGGCGCGCAUCAAGACAAAAUUCUGGGGCAAGUCCAUGGAGUUCCAGCCCGCCGGGAGGGUACACGUGCGGUUGUUGCCUGCCGGAGACCACUACUCCUGGAAUAAGGUGACCACGUGCGUCCACAACCUGUUCGGCGGGCAGCGCUGGGUGGACCAGUAUGGAGACAUGCACAUCACCUGCCACGGCACAGAGAUCACAGCCAAACUCAACUUUAUUAAGGCGAGUUCAUGGUCGUCGAGCCGCCACGAGGUGCGAGGCAUGAUUACGGACGGCAGCACGGGCGGGCGGCUGCGGCUGCAGGGCCGCUGGUCCGAGGCGCUGUACGCCGGGGACCCGCCAGCCGCGCGCUGCCUGUGGCGCCCUGGUGCUAUGCCUCCGGACCAUGAGCUCUACUACGGGUUCACGCGGUUUGCCAUGGAGCUCAACGAGAUGGAGCCAGGGUUGAGGGAGCUGCUGCCGCAUACUGAUACUAGACUCAGACCGGACCAGCGCGCCCUGGAGGAGGGCGACGUGGAGGCGGCCGAGCAGUUCAAGCACGAGCUGGAGCAAGCGCAGCGCGAGCGGCGCCGGGACUCCACCGACCACAGCGCCUGCUGGUUCCGCAAGUCGGUGGAGGGCGGCGAGGAGAUGUGGAUGUUCACGGGCGAGUACUGGAAGGCUCGCGAGGCGGGCUUCAGCCACCACGCGGCCCCGAGGAUCUGGUGACCGCGCCUGCUGCUGCUGCAACGUAUGCCCGCGUGCGAGGUGCUCUGCUAGGUUGUGCGCCGCUUUGCUUACGUAGCUUGUAGCCCUGCCCUAUACUGCUACCUUACAUUAUUAGGUUAAUGUUGCUCUACUCAGAGCGUACUGGAGGUAUAUGUUGCUCGACUCAGAGCGUACUGGAGGUAAAUGUUGCUCGACUCAGAGCGUACGGGAAGUUAAUGUUGCUCGACUCAGAGCGUACGGGAAGAGAGGUAACCUGACCUUACAUUCCCAAGGUUGCAAUACUAUACUAUUUAGUGCUCUAGCAUGCGUGUAAGAGCAGGACAGAAAGAUAGAGUACAGCUUAGAGCGAAAGGGACAGAUCAAGUUAAUGUAGUAUUCUGACAGCUGUACUACGAUCUAUGCUAUAGCGCUAACAGUAUGGGAUGAGAGAUCUCGACAUGAUUUCAAGUUGUUUUUACUGGAGACUUAUCAGUGUUAUUUUGUGUGGCGAAUUAAAUAGGUACGUAUUAUAUUUUCAUUACAAUUCAAAAUUGAAGUAACCUCUCUAUCUUACAAGUCUAAUACUAUCGAUAGAACUUACUAUGUAUCGAUAGUAUCGAUAAGUCUUUGCAAUAAUCAGAAGCAAUAUUAUCGAUAGUUUGCCUCGAAAAUCAUCUAUAUCGAUAGGCCUUACUUGUAUCGAUAGGAUCGAGUCCUUUCAAUAGUUAGAUAUAUCGAUAGUUUAGUAUCGACAAUAUUUCUGUGAAACCAUAAUAUUGAUGAACUAUCAAUACUAUCGACACUAGUUGUUUUUUUUAGCUAUCGGCUAUCGAUAGUCACUACACUAAUAAAUAAAACUGAUAAGUGAUCCAUAAAAAAGGGAAGGCCUCUGAUAGGAUAGUUUGUUGUGAAUAUUUAGAACAGGUGUUUGGUAAAAUAAAUGAUAUUGAAAUGAUAAUUAUUGUAAUGGAAUGGAAUGGUACGGUUUUAAAUAAAGAAUGGAUUUUUACUUCAAAAGUCUGGCCAGAAUAUUAAAAAAUAUAUCGUAAUACAGCGAUGACCUUUGCCAUAACAGGAACUCCUGUGAACACGUCAUUUAAACUACACCUACUCGGAAGCCUUGCCUUCUUCCUUAUUUGAAAAGGGGGCAAAAACAACUACAUCUCUACUACAUUAAAAAGGAGGGAAAAUUGUAUGAAAAUCGAUUACCGCCCGCAUAUGCGGGCGUGGUGUGGCUGUACGGUCACGAGUACUAAUAUGUAUACACUUUGAAACCAUGUCACAUUAACUUUUUUGACAAAUUACACCGUAAUUCCCAUUAAAUGUCAAAUAUGAUAGUGCGACAGGGUUCUAAAGUGGGUACAUGAUAUUGCUCAUGACUGUACGUAUUAAAAUAAAACAAUGGUGCAAAAAAAAAACAAUUGCGCGCGAGUCGCCAUAUUGUAUUAAUAUGAUGAUUUUUUUAACUUGAAAAUGACAAGGUACCCAAAAAUGUUAGCUAUUAUCCUUGUGGGUGUAGUAUAAAGGAUUGUAUCACUUUCUUCCCUUGAUGAACAAUUUACUAUCUUGACAUUUGUUAUAAAUGUAGAAUGUAUGGAGACAGUGCACGCGAACCGUGUCGACCUUUAUAGGUUGGUAAGGUGCCUCUUACGAAGGAGGUGUGGUUAUCCACACCGCGGACACUCCAUUCAAAAAUCUCAUCGUUACCGUGUGUCGCGUCGCGUCUAACACGUAAGUGCGAGCGAGACAGAUAGUCCGCGCGCGCUCUCUCUUACUCCUUGUCUUACGAUCAUUUAAAACUAAAGUUAUACCCAGAGAAUUGGUGCGGGACGGAGAGUGUCCGUUCUAUACGUAGUAUUAUUCUCUAUUCUAUGGUUUAUCUGUGGAUAUCUUUGGUAUAACAAGUUAAGGACAAUAAGGAUUCCAAUUAAAAAAAAUACAUAUAUUAUUUAUGUAUAUCUGGUCAGACUUUCCAAUCAUCUGCUUAAAACUACUAUGAGUUUAACUCUUAUUUGCAAUAUUUAAUCUAUUUGCAAAUGUUUUAUUGUUAUGUACUACUUAAAUAUAUUUCGAAUUUCAAUUUCACAGAUUAUUAAUACACUAUUAUUGUUAUUUUGAUAUUUGUGUACAGUGAGUGCUGUAACCACAGGCUGUAACAUAAGUAUCAAGACUUAUCCGAUUCUGGUGGACAUUUAAUUUUAGCUUGAAAGCUCUCAAACUAGUUCCGUCCUUCACUUUCGAUAAGUGCAAGAAGGAGAUGCAGCUAGUUUUAGUCUUGUCAAUUUAAGUUGGUAGUGGUGCUAAUUCCUGUAAACACCAUCUAAUUUUAUUUUAAGUUAUUAUUAUAUCUGUCAUUUUUUUAUCAGCUGAAAAGGAAAGGGACGGGUAAUCGACAAGCAUAAAAUUUAUGGAACACACGUCAAUUUUAAGCACAAAUCUAAAACAACCGUCUAAGGGUGCUACCAGACCAAUCGAUCGAUCAUCGAUCGACAGCAUCGAUCGAUGGUAGAAUAGAAUAUUCGACGUCGAUCGAUAGUUUCUACCAGACCGAAGGAUCGAUUAUUGUCAUCGCCCGGCAAUCGAUCGAUUGCUUAAUCGAACAGUAUCUGUCAAUUAAAGUUACCAGACCAAUCGAUCAACUUCGAUCGACGUUGAUCGAUGCCGUCGAUCGAUGAUCGAUCGAUUGGUCUGGUAGCACCCUUAAAGUUUUACAUCGGCCAAAUGACCCGACAGAGUUAAGUAGACAGCACGAGAUAUGCCUAUUUAAUUCGCCGGGUUAUUCAUUCGUUUUAAAAUUAACUUGUUGACAAUCAUCCGUCCCUUUUCUUUUCGGCGGAUAAGAAAAUGACAGGUAUAACUUAAAAUAAAAUUAGGGGGUGUCUGCAGGAAUCGGGGCCGGUUGCCAUCGCUGUUACCGCAAGUGAUUGGUUAUGUUAUGGCACUGACUGUACCAUAGAUAUAUUUUUUUCUUUUUUUUCAUUAAGAAUGUACAAUGUAUAGAGUUGUUAGAAUACCUACCAAGGCUGUGAGCAAGUUUCCAUUUAGAAAAUUUAAAUGAAAUUGUAUUAAAUCGUGUAAUAUAACGUGUAUUUCAUUCUUGUCGAUAUAUGGAAUAAUGUUUUUUCAAAGCAAUGACACACGCCUAAACUAUAUUUCAAUCUUCAACCAAUCGCGUUUUUUAAUUGAAAUUUCGAUUUUACGUCAUCACUGAAUUGUCACGUCAUAAUUCAAUUUUUACGUCAUUUAAAGCUUCUGGCGUAUGUCAAACGCCAACCAUGGCUUAUGCACGAAUUUUUGAGAGAAAAGUGAAAGGUCGAAUGUAAAUUGAUGACGAUCAUUUAUCUUCACGGUAAACCCCUAGCGGGGUAGAAAGACUAAGCGUCACGUCAUCUCGUCAAUUAAACUGAAUUGAAUUAGGAUCGCACCUUGAAUGUUGAAUUGUAGCACAAUAAAAUUUGUAUUAUAAUGAAUUGUUAUUAUUAGAAUUGGGGGGUAUUAGGUAAAAUUAGGAAAGAUUAGAGAAUGUAUGGAAUGUAAUGCGGUUGCCCUUUCAACGCCAAUGGCCGGUAUUAGUCACAUCAUGCCCUUGGUAAAGUUUUUUUUUUUUUCGAAUUGGUUCGAACGGCAUAAUUAAAACACGUAAUACCGGGUUCUUACCGCAUUAAAAUCAGGGAUAUGAGUGUCUAGGUAAGAACUCGGUAUUAUAUAUUUUAAUUAUGAUAAUAGUCGCGUAAACCUCAAACAACGGUCACUACAUCGUUUUUUUUACAUUUUUAAUCUGUUACGUUCGUUAGCGAGAUAUGCUCAUAGAUGAAUUCUGGAAGUAGCUCAAUACUUAAAUAACUUUGAUGCCGUAUUUUUGCAUGUUAUUCUGAAGUAUUGGCAAUUAAUGACGACCUCCUAAGAUCAUUAGAUUCGAUCAAUAAAAAAUAUCAGAAACUGCCUACGAAAAAUGUACGAUCGAAAAAUUUCGUCGAAGGCACAUUAUAAAAUUCAUUCAAAUAUCAGAAAAUAUUUAUAUAUUUAUACACAUUUUUUUAACAUUUCAUAUGAGCACAUGAGCCUAGUUUCUCUAGACACUUCUAAUUUUGGGCCGUGCUGUGUUUAUGAAAAUGCCGUAUAAGAAAGGGUUAAAGUGAUUCUUCAAAGUUUUCAAAACUUUAUUUUGAUAUUUGUCUGAUAUUCAUUUUUUUAUAAAUUUAUUUAUGUCUACCUUCUUUAAUAUUGGCUUGCAGACGAAGGAGAGGAAUGAAGUUGGAAAGAGAAAGCUAAGCAAUUUAAAAAAAUUACGCAUGAAAUAGUAAAUAUCGGACCUAUAUGUUUUACAAUUAUACACAGAAUUAUAUCGUUGUAAUAAUACAUAUAUCCUUCUUCUUGCUUCUAGAUCUUUAAACACCGGGUAAGAUUGGGUUACAUUACUUCGGAAUAAUAUAAUACAUAAAUAUGUUUUUUUUUUUUUAAUAAUUAUAUUUAUUAAAAAACUGUCACUGUCACUUCUUGUUAACAUGAAGUGAUUUUACAGACGCUUAAAACGAUUUUGUGACUUUUCAACAAGGACAUACAACAACUUUACAAGGCUAGUGACAUUUCAGUUACGUUUUAAAUUCUUAAACCCACGUCAUGUUUCUAAAAUCAACAUACUAACUAAAGUGAUCCUAACUUUAGGAAGGACAUUAUCAAAAAUAUAAUCAUGGUGAAUCGAGAUAUUCAAAGUCCAAUAAUCAGGCACAUGAAAGGCUUUUGAUUGGCUGUUAAUCAAUAGGGACUGGUGUCCAUAUUUCACAAUAAAUCACCAUUAUAUCUUCAUAGUCUUCUUUUGAACUUUCGGCCCAACAGUCACGAGCAUUAAUAUGUAUACACUUUGGUACAAUGUCACAUUAACUUUUUUGACAAAGCUAAGUCUCACUAAAUGUCAAAUAUGUUAGUGCGACAGAGUCCUAAAGUGGGUACAUUAUAUUGCUCAUGACUGUACCUUAUGAUGUUAUGAAAUAUGUUAUCUAUGUAUAGAUUAUGAAUGUUGCUGCUAGAACUGUAGGUUAACAUUAUUUGUAAAUAGCGAACGAUGAAUUUUAUUCGUUAAUAAAAAUAAAUAAUAAUUUUACGGACGCUUUAUUAAAGUAGAAAUCGCGAGAGAAUUCUAUAAUGUUUUUUGAAGAUUUUGAAUGAUUUUAUACUUUAUUUAUUUUUUGCGGCUGUUCGUACAGCUUGAAUAGAUUUUUUUUUUCUAAAAUUAAUUGUAAUACAAAAAAAAUCAGAAGAUAGAAUUCCAUUGUUGUUAGCAAACGACUUAUUCUAUGUUAAUUUAAUAUAAAAGUUUUUUACAAAAACGUUCCUAAAUAACCAUGACACAGGAAGUAUUUGGAAUGCCUGAUCAGAAUUAUAAGGCAAUAUAGAUUUUAUGAUCAAUUGAGGUAAAGUAUCGCUUUUUUUUUUCAGAAAAAUCUAGUUAUGCAAUUUGUAACCCCGUCCUGUAGUACAGUCACACAUAAAAUACUUAUAAUUCGUAAAUUAGGAUGAAAAGCGUCCAUUUUUAUUUUAUUUACAUAGAAUAUCUUUUUUCUAUUACGGGUUUCUGGUUGUUUUCAGUUUUACGCAGUAUUUUAAUCGGUCACACCUUUGUUUUUUAAUUCUUAAAAUAUGGUUUUACCUUUUAAAAGUAAAGAUAAAAAAAUAAUAAUGUCAGUAAUAAUGACAAUAAAUAAACGCGUUUUCGCGAAUAAAUGCGCUGUAAAUGUUCAAUUGUUGAAUAAUUCGUUAAACUAGUUUAUGUAACAACAAAUUCGAUUAAUGAUAAUCUUAGAUUAUGUUAAAAAAUACUUGGACAUUUGCUUCUCUUUUUUUUGUCAUCUAAGUUAAGCUUCGUUAUUUUUUUUAAAUAUAGAGUUAGUUUGACAUUCCUUUUAAAACUCAUUUUGUUCUUUACCUUUUUAUAAUAAAGUAAAUAUUUUUGGGUCGGUGAUUUUAAAAAUAUUAUGUUUCGCGAUGAAAUAUUAAAAAAAAUGUUUAUUAACUAUUAGGUAAUUAAUGAAAAAUAUAUUCUAAUUAUAUAAAUCGUGGCUAGUGACAGACUUAAUAAGUGGUAUAGGGUUGCUAGAUCAUUGUAGAAUUUAAAAAAAAUAGUACAACAGAGUUUAUUCUAACAUUUUUGUUUUUAGUUUUAACUCAUUUCAUUGUUAUAACUAUUCUUUGUACUGUUUUUAAGUAAGUAUUCAAUUGUACUUAAAUUUUAUUUAUAUUCACGCAAAGUCUCUCCUAUAUUUUGUAUGAGUUUUAAUUUUUAAAUUAUUUUAUUUGAUUGUGAAAUAGAUAAAAUUAAUUGUGGUGAUUUUUAAUGUGUUUUUCAAUUAUUUUUUGUUUUGGAUACCUGUGUUUGUCAAACAAAAUGUAUUAUAAGUGCCUUUGCCAAAUUUUCUUUUUUUUAAAUACCUUCUACUUGCGGUCGCGGAAUAUUGUCAUGUACUAAAAGAAGUUACUUUAUUCUACUAUAAAUACAUAUCUUCACUUUGAAUCUGCUUAACAGUCGUGUUGGGUGGCUGACCCUAGCAAUGCACUUGUGCAUUCAUACUACUUUUAAUUGAAUUUUAAUUAAAAAAAUAAUUGAAAUGAGAAUAUUAAGUCUAAUAAAAUUUGAUUCUUUUUAAAAUAUAAAGCUAAAAUUUAGAUAGGAAUUGAUUUUACUUAUAAAAAAAGUAACUAAUUCUAUGAUGCAUCAAUAUUCGUGGCCGCAAGUUUAAUACAUUCUAUAACUCUUAACUCUCGAUGUGUAGUUAAAGUGAAAUGUAACGACAAUGUCAAAUUAGAAAAAAAAUGCGGAUUUUCUCUAUACGGAACUGCGCUUUAAAUACUAUCUCUUUCGUCAUUAAUGCUUAUUCCGUUGUUACCUCUACGACAAAGCGCACGCUAUGUACUUUGACGCGAUAUAAUCGCGGGACUCGGCCAAUAGAUAGCCCAUGCUAUCUGCAUAAUUAAACGACGUAUGUUCAAAACCCACGCAGUUUAUGAAGUCGCCGGAGAUAGCCUAAACCAUACAGGAAUCCCUGAUACCAAAUCGAGUCGCAUAUACUAAAAUACAUUAACAAUAUAUUAAGAGGCCUUAUAACUAAAUUUUAACUUAUUCAGUAAUUUAUAAUAUAAUCCACAUUUGAAAAAAAUAUAUAGGGCCAAGUAUAAAUCAAAAUCAAUAUUCCUUUGAUGGCCUGGUAUUGUAUUUUUUUCAAUCCGUAAGGCUGGUUCGACUAUUGAAACACAUUUGAUUGUUAUAACAGAUGUAUGGCACGAACGCUUUUCGAUAGCAGAUUCCACCGUUCGCGCCUUAAUCGGGAUACCGCAUGAAAAAGCGUAUAUUGUUACUCGUAACUGUUCUUUGCCAAACAUGGAUACAGUUAGUAUUUCUACAUUUCAAAAAUUGUGUAUGCGACUGUACCAUAUCUGUCUUUAAGAGAAUCUGUUCUUAUGAGAAAAAUAUAUAUUAUUUCUCUUGUGAUUUUGUGGGUAUAGAAAUCGCAGUUCCGUAUACUGUUUUAAAUAACUUAUAAGAAAUUGCGGUGCGGUUAACAUAAGACAAAAACCUCAAACAAAAUCAAUAUAAGUGAGCCCGUCUGAUUAAAUAUCUUCAAGAAACUUUUUGAUUAGUUUAUAUAUCUAUAGCUACCCUCAAAAAAUGCUAUGAAAAUACCUAACCUAACAAUCGAAAUAAAUGAAAACCAAAUAUUGCAAUUUGUGCUAAAGCGCUUCCAGUGAAUUUUUACCUCUGCUUUACUCCCGUUUUUAAUAAAAAAAUACCUGUCAAAAUGAUAAAAAAAAACUGCACCGCAAAAUCAAAAUGGUGGAUCAUGUGCUGCGAUUAUAACCGUCUUAUCAAUAGAAAAUAAACAUGCGGUCAACGUUUGUGUAAGUUUACGUAGUACCCACUUUAGUUACUCCAUGGUAUUUGACAACCAAGCAAAGUUCAAUCGAAUUAUUUGAUAAUCGGAAUCAAUUUUGCUUGGCUGACAAAUUACGCUUGUUUAUUUGUUAUUGGUAAGGCGGUUUACACAUUUCAGAAUUUCGUUUAUAAAUAACACAUGAUAAAUAAAGAAAAUAAGUUUUCGCAUAUGGUCCACUUCCUACAUAAAAUGCCAUGUUAAUAUAAAAUGUUCAUUAACUAGAACAUUCUGUGUUAACUGGCUAAUGUAAUAACGUAGCCUAAAAUUUAUUUCUAUACUUACUUGGAUGCCAUUUUUAAUAAGUUAUGUCUCUAGAUUAUAUAAAAACUGUUUUACAAAAAAUGUAAUACAUUAUUAAUAAAAAUUAGAAAUUGUUCAGCUUCGGUUGGUGAAAACUUUUUUCGGCCUAUUAGAUUUUUAUAUGAAUAAUUGAUUAAAAUAUUUGUCAUUUAAAGAAAACAAAUGUUGCCAAUAUAUUAUUUGACUGGGUUAAAAAUAAAUUAUAAAAUAUUAAUCUAGAUAUGAACAAUGAAUACGACGUCAUAAAGUAACUCAUUUGAAAAGGUUGUUAAGUAGCCCACUUGAAUAGUAUUUGUAUUUUACAUGUUCAUGUUCUUUCCAUUUCCGUCAUCCCACAGCGUUUCAAUCUCGUGUGAUUAUUGUUAAACACGUCAUACAUCCGUCUCGAAUGUUUAUACUAAUCUUCAAAAACUUUCAACAUUUAUCCAUCUCAGGAUUUCGAUACAAAUGUGUCUGCAAGUUGUCUUCUGGUAACUUACGACUUUGCCCACCUUCAUAGGGAUUACGGGCGUGAGCCGUCUGUCUGAUAUAAGUGGCAUCCGAGUUAAUGUAUAGUAUUGUAUAAAGCUUGGAUAUACGUAACUAUAAGCUAACGCGACAGCAAGUCAACAUGCUACAUUUUGUUAUGUGAUUUUGUUCUAGCUAUUGAUGAAAAAUUAUUAAAAAGAAAAUUCGAUUA